CUCAUUCUUAAUUUAUUCGUUUAAAUUUCCGUCCACUAUUUUUAAAUCGAUAUUUAAAUUCACUAAUGUGGAAGCUGUGCUUAAGGCAGUUUGGGAGCCAGCCGGAGAGCGUUCCACCAACGUCAACAACAGCAGCAUCAGCAACGUCAAAGCGUGGCAGACGCUUGUAUUUAUUUCGUCGCGCGGGCACCUGUGCCGCUAUCAACCACCCUUUGCAACGCACACUGAGUCUUCCGGAAUGCAGUUCUAUCUCCCGCAAGCCAGCAGGGCAAGAUGAAAUUUAUCUCUCUGGAUAUAUUACUGACCCUAGCUAUUUGCAUUCACUGAAAUUAAGGGCUCAGCACUCAAAUAUAAGAGCUGACGACAAGCAAUUGAAAAAUUCAAUUGCUGGCACACGGCGGCAUCACAAUGACAGGCGCACCCAUGCAGCCGACAUUGGGCAGUAUUCAUCAGCACUUUCUUGCCAUGAUGGCAGUGGCGAGUCGAUUUGGACGAAUCCGUCUGAUAACUGCCGCCGCACCAUCAACAAGCAGGGUAGCAACUACACCUUUAGAAAUACAAGCAACGCAACUCCUCAGUUGACGAUGGCGGGUCAACAAACAAAGAAAAGAGCCAAGUUGCCAAGUUUGAACCACGUAUUCGGUACAAUUGCAUACAGCGAAGACAAGGAUAUAUUUGACACACUUGACGACUGUGACAAAUCUAGAUGGAUGGGCCGGUACAACCCACAAGGUGCCCCCGAACAGAUCUGGCGCAGUUUGGCAACCACAGAACGAGCAUUUACAAGGCGUGCUACACAGAAGCAGCGCAUGCGGUCAUGGAGCUCGGAUGAGGAGCAGUCGCUUUGCAGCUACGUCAACGAUAAUUAUACUGGUACACCUAUCAAUUGGGAAAAUGUUGCUGUGCAUUUUAGUCGAACUAGUGUCGGGUGCAUGACCAAAUACUACUCGAUAAUGUGUUUGUAGCAGUCAUGAUCUUGCUUAUCAGACGUCUUUUUUUGUACUCGUAUUUUUGUUACUGUGUAUAUGUAUUUUAAAGUAAAAUAAGCAGCAACUAUAAUUUGAUGCAUU